AUGGUCCUGUUCUUGUUCCUGGUGGCCUUUCUUCUGUCCCCUACUGGGGAGGCAGGGAAGAUCAUCGGGGGCCAUGAGGCCAAGCCACACUCCCGUCCCUACAUGGCAUUUCUUCGGUUCAAGGUUUCAGGGAAACCUCACAUAUGUGGGGGUUUCCUUGUGGGUGAGGACUUCGUGCUGACAGCAGCUCACUGCCUGGGAAGCUCAAUCAAUGUCACCCUGGGGGCCCACAACAUCAGGGAACAAGAGAGGACCCAGCAGUUCAUCCCCGUGUGGAGAACCUUCCCACACCCACGCUAUAAUAUGACUGGGGCCAACGACAUCAUGUUACUGCAGCUGACCAGGAAGGUGAAAGUGACCACCGCUGUGAGCCCCAUCAGUCUGCCCAGUGACAGGGAUACGGUGAAUCCAGGGAUGCUAUGCAGUGUGGCUGGCUGGGGGCGUCUUGGCUUGGAUAUGUCCCACCCAAAUAAACUACAGGAGGUAGAGCUUGAAGUCCAAAGGGCCAAGAAAUGCACCUCUCGCUACAAAUAUUACAGAACCACCACCCAGAUAUGUGCAGGGGACGCGAGAAAGAAGAAGAGUUCCUUUAGGGGUGACUCCGGGGGCCCGCUUGUGUGUAAUGGUGUGGCCCAGGGCAUUGUGUCCUAUGGAAAAGAGGAUGGGACACCUCCAAGGGUCUUCACCAGAAUCUCAAGCUUUCUGCCUUGGAUCCAAACAACAAUGAAACAGAACGAACUUCAGGGAUCAGACUGA